CAAUUUCAAUCGUUCCUUUCGUAAAUCCCAUUCAUUCUUCUCCGCCAUUAUGAUUUGCGUUGUUUUGUCAAAACGAAGAAAAUCCAUGUAACUUUUAUUGAAAUCCAUGUACAAACUACAAACGUUCAAAAUAAAUUUCUUGAAUGAACCCGGUGCUACUAGAGAUUAAAUACCACAUUAUUGUGAUAAGUAUUGAGUUUGUAAGAUGAGCGAAGCGGAAGAAUACAGCCAGCAGAAGCCCGCGAAAACGGGCAAGCAACAUAACAUAUUACCAAUAUGGGGUAACGAACAAACUAUGAACCUGAACCCAUUAAUACUAGCCAAUAUACAGGGCUCUAGCUACUUCAAAGUUCAUCUGUUCAAACUGAAGACAUACCAUGAAGUGGUGGACGAGAUCUACUACCAGGUGAAGCAUCUGGAGCCAUGGGAGCGCGGCAGCCGCAAGACUUCUGGCCAGACGGGCAUGUGUGGCGGCGUGCGCGGGGUGGGCGCGGGCGGCAUCGUGUCUACCGCAUUCUGCCUUCUGUACAAGCUGUACACCCUACGUCUCACACGGAAACAAGUCAAUGGUCUGCUGCAGCACGCCGACUCUCCCUACAUAAGAGCGCUCGGUUUCAUGUACGUGCGCUACACACAGCCGCCCGCGGACCUGUUCGACUGGUACGCGGAGUACCUCGACGACGAAGAGGAGAUCGAGCCGCGCGCGGGCGGCGGGGGCGGCGGCGCCACCACGAUUGGCGCCCUCGUCAGGCAGAUGCUCAUCAAACUCGACUGGUUCAGCACGCUGUUCCCCAGGAUACCAGUGCCCAUACAGAAACAGAUUGAACAGAAGUUAGCAGAGCACAACAGAAAGAUAGCCUCAGCGAAGCCGGCAGCGAAUUACCGCGGCAACGCCAGCAGCGGUUACAACCCGACGCGGAUGGAGCCCGACCGACGCGAGCACGAUGACCGAGAUAAACGGGACUACGGCGACGGCGACAGAUAUUCAAAAGACAGACCAAAGCGCGACGACAGACAGGAGAGGGAUCGCGACAGGGAUAGAGAGAGGGACCGCGACAGAGGCUCACGAGACCGCGACCGGGACAGACGCUCGCGGGAUCGUCGGGACAGGCACCGCGAGCGCUCCCGCUCCCGGGACCAAAGGCGGCGCUCGCGCUCGCGGGACCGCCGCUACAGAUAAUGUUACGCCAAGUCUAUUGCAAAUGGUUAUUGUGUGUUUGAGAAUUAAAGUGAUGUUCGGAA